AUGCUUGCAAAACUGCCCGCCUUGUACUUACUUGACCCCGACAGACAGUCCACAUCGAACUAUUUCAAGAUGGCCGAAGAACAAAACGGAUCUGCUGCUUGGCCCGUCGCCGAUGCUGCUCUUACCCAAGAGAUCCUCGACAUUGUCCAGCAAGCCAGCCACGCCAGACAAUUGAAGAAGGGUGCCAACGAGGCGACAAAGACCUUGAACAGAGGUAUCUCGGAAGUCAUCAUCUUGGCUGCAGACACCGCUCCCCUCGCCAUUCUUCUCCAUCUCCCCCUUCUCUGCGAGGAUAAGAACGUUCCUUACGUCUACGUCCCCAGCAAGACGAGCUUGGGACGCGCCUGCGGUGUCUCCCGCGCCGUCAUCGCCGCCAGCCUCACCACCAACGAGGCCUCCGACCUCAUGAACCAGAUCCGAACCCUGAAGGAUAAGGUCGAGAGACUUAUGAUCUAA